AUGGAAGAGCAAGCUCUGAAGAUUUCAUCUUUGUUCAUAUAUCCUAUCAAAUCUUGCCGUGGAAUCUCUGUUCCUCAGGCAGUCGUCACUCAAACUGGAUUUCAAUGGGACCGGAAUUGGCUAGUUGUGAACUAUAAAGGAAGAGCAUACACUCAAAGAAAUGAGCCAACGCUUGCUCUUGUCGAAUCUGAGCUACCUGAGGAAGCUUUCUUGGAAGAUUGGGAGCCAACAGAGAACUCAUUUUUGGUGCUAAGAGCUCCUGGUAUGAGUCCAUUAAAGAUUCCAUUGACUAAACCAAGCUCGGUGGCUGAAGGUGUGUCGAUGUGGGAAUGGUCUGGCUCUGCGUUUGAUGAAGGAGAAGAAGCAGCACAAUGGUUUUCAGAUUAUCUCGGAAAACAAAGCCGUUUGGUUCGGUUUAAUAAAGAAACUGAAACUAGACCUUCACCACCUGAGUUUGCACCAGGUUACUCUACAACAUUUGCGGAUUUGUUUCCGUUUUUGUUUGCAUCUCAGGCUUCUUUAGACCAACUGAACACACUUCUACCAGAACCAGUGCCUAUUAACCGUUUUCGACCCAAUUUUCUUGUUGAUAACUGUGAUCCUUUUGGAGAAGAUCUUUGGGAGGGAAUCAAGAUUAACGAUUUAGUCUUUCAAGGAGUUAGGCUAUGUAGCCGCUGCAAGGUACCAACUGUGAAUCAAGAAACCGGGGUUCCGGGUGGAGCAGAACCAACUGCAACUCUGAUGAAAUUCAGAUCAGACAGUAUCUUGAUGCCAGACAAGAAACCGCGCGGAAAGGUUUUCUUUGGUAAGGAGAUGGUUUGGAAUUGGAACAUAACCAAUAUCGAAGGCGAAGGCAAGAAGACAAUCAGAGUUGGUGAUUCCAUCUCUGUCCUAAGCAAGAUCUCUUCAAGAGCUGAAGCAGCUGCUGGUGAUUCCAUCUCUGUCAUGAACAAGAUCUCUUCAAGAGCUGAAGCAGCUGCUUAA